AUGUUUGGUGGCCUGGUCACCGCGCUCGGCACGCGGCUCAGUGGCCCUGAAUGCUCUGGCCAACGUCUGGCUCAUUUCCAGAUCAUCGUCAACUUGAACACGACAGAGAUUGACCAGGGGAACGUGCGGGGUUCUGCAGGUAUCCAUCAAUACUUCCCAAGUCUUUCCUGCUCGGCCCGACCUGGGAGUGAAAUGGAGACCAUCUAA